AUGCUCGUGCCGGCCCCCUUCCUGCUGGUCUUGCUACUGCUCCUCGGGGCCCCCCAGGUGGGCCUCUCCCAGAGGUCCCCCAAAGCCGGGUCCAGCCCCAGCUGCCUCCACACAGCCCUACGUGAGGCCGAGAAGAGCCAGCGGAAGGACACGUCGCUGCUGAUCAAGCGGAUCUUCCCCGCCCUGCCCCGCGGAGAUCCGGAGGACCAGGAGGGGCAGGAGGAGGAGGACGACACGGAGAAAAGGACCUUCCCUGGCUCCGUGGGCGGCGGCGGUGGUGGUGGGGCCGGCAGCACCCGGUACAAGUACCCAUCCCAGGCACAGUUCCAGGGGCGGCCGUCCCAGGACAAGGCCAAGAGUGACCGGCGCACCAAGGUCACUCUUUCCCUGGACGUCCCCACUAACAUCAUGAACAUCCUCUUCAACAUCGCCAAGGCCAAGAACCUGCGAGCCAAGGCCGCCGCCAACGCCCACCUCAUGGCCCAGAUCGGGCGGAAGAAGUAG